AAGUCCUUGAAGAACAUGGAUAAAAGCCAACAUAAUUGCCAUAUUUUCAGUUGGGGGAACUUUCUACCUAUAAACUACUUUGAUCUCAACAGAAUCUGCAGUAAAGCUCGGUGCAGAAAAGACUUCUUGGGACCAUGAACGCUGCCACUCCCACUGAGGUUGACUUCACUUUCCUGGAGGAGGGUUUCUCUGCAUGGGAUACUGUUGAGCAGAAGAUCAAUGAAUCUUUUCUAAUGGAUGACCGGGAUGCCUUCUACGUCUGUGACUUGGGAGAUGUGUUGAAGAAACACCUGCGCUGGGUGAGGGCUCUGCCACGUGUCACUCCUUACUACGCUGUCAAAUGUAACGACUCCCGGGAAGUCGUUAUGACACUGGUGUCCCUGGGAACUGGCUUUGACUGUGCAAGCAAGACAGAGAUUCAGCUGGUCCAGUCACUGGGAGUGGAUCCAAGCAGAAUCAUCUAUGCCAACCCCUGCAAACAAGUCUCUCACAUCAAGUAUGCGUCAGCUCAUGCAGUCCAGAUGAUGACCUUUGAUAGUGAAGAGGAACUUGUGAAAGUGGUUCAUUGUCAUGACAAUGCCAAGCUGGUGCUGCGAAUCACCACUGAUGACUCCAAGUCAAAAUUUCCCCUCAGUAUGAAGUUUGGGGCCCAACUCAAAUCCUGUAGAGGUCUCCUGGAGCGAGCUAAAGAGCUUGGGCUGGAUGUGAUUGGUGUAAGCUUCCAUGUUGGCUGUGGUUGUACUGAUAUGAAGAGCUACACGCAGGCCAUAUCUGAUGCUUACUGUGUUUUUCAUAUGGGGGAAGAGCUUGGCUUCAAAAUGGAUCUCUUGGACAUUGGUGGUGGAUUUCCUGGUUCAGAUAAGAAGGAUAUACUCAUGUUUGAAGAGAUCACAGCUGUUAUCAACCCUGCUCUGGACAAGUACUUCCCAGCUGACACUGGUGUCAAGAUCAUUGCUGAGCCAGGAAGCUUUUAUGUAACUUCUGCUUACACACUGGUUGUCAACAUUAUUGGCAAGAAGGUCAUUGUAAAUGAAGAGUCAGCGUCUGAUGAGGAAGAUGGAGGAACUGAUGAAAGGAUCACUGACAGGACUCUGUACUACGUCAAUGAUGCAGUGUCCAAAUCUUUUUCCUGUAAAGAAAUGACCCCUGUUCAGUUUCCACCAACACUACUUAAGAAACCACAGCCACAUGAAGCCACAUACCCCUGCAGUAUCUGGGGUCAAACUUCUAGUCGUCAUGAUAUUAUUGUAGAUCAUUGUUACCUGCCUGACCUGCAGGUCAGCGACUGGCUGAUCUUUGAAGACAUGGGUGCCUACACCAUUUCAAGCUUUUCUAACUUCAGUGGAUUCAUUAAUCCUAAUAUUCACUAUGUCAUAUCUCGCCCUGCCUGGCAACAUGUGAAGCAAGUCCAAUCCCAGGCCAUUCCAGCUCCUGUGGAGGAAUCACACCUGUUUCAAGAGACAACCUUCUGUGGCCAAGAGACAAGCAAUGACUAAAAUGACCUGUUAUUUCUUGCUAAAUCUGCUGUCAGUUUUUUUUUUCUAAUUUGGUAAGUCUAGUUUGAGAUUGUUGUUUAUUUCAUCAAUCCAUUUAAAGAGGGACCAAAGAAAAUAGUAACCACUGUAACAUUAUCACUGAUUAAUGCCAUGAUUUGAAAUUUGAGAACAAUUUACAGGAAAAAAAAAAAAAUCACAAAACAAAUUUACAAAAGCAGAAAUAAAUGUAUAUCUUUAGUAAACCACUCAGUCACAGUCCAUCCUCAGUCAUAAAUUCCACAGAGGAAUUUACUCUAUCUCUACUCUAUCACAAGUGUUUUGCAUCUUGUUCAUUUGGGGUUUUUUGUACUGAAAGUAAAUUUGUCUCAAACAUUUUAAGUGUUUCACAAUUUGUAAUAUUGUCAUGCAAUUACCGGCCACCAUAAAAAAGUGGCUUCUCCCAGGUGUAAAAGUCCCAGGUAUUCCUGCUAAUUUAGAUGUGAUAGAGACUUGUGCCACUCUGUCCGUAUCAUUUUAGACUGUUUGCAUGUUAAUAUAUGCCAUUUCCUGUAUCCUCCUGUAAAUCUUGUAAUUGUUGCAGAUUCUAGAUUUUCAUGGUUGCAUUACUCCUGCUUGUAUGUGCUUAGUCGGACUGGAGUUGGACUCGGCGUUAUGCGCAUGCACCAAUAUUAUUCCCCAGUCUUUGAUCGAAAGUAGAAGGAAUGAAGGUAUAAACUGCAGCAGCAUCUUUCUUCGGACAACACAGCAACCCAAACUAGAUCUAAUUUGUAUCAUGAUUAAUAUGUCAACAGGCAACGGAUUCAAUAUGCACUAGCUUAUCGAGAGAUACACCCCCACCUACAGAGGCAGAGUCAGAAGAACACAGCCAAUACAUGUAUUUUGUCCUCUGCAUUUAUACUCGG